AUGAUGCGCGCGAUGUCACGAGAUGUUUCUAGCAGCAAAUUGACCCUGCAAGCUCUUCCAACGCGGCAGGGGAUGGCGCCCACGUGGAUCCAAGCUGCUCGACGCAAGAGGAAGACACCACGUCUCGUUGGUGGUUGCUUGGAUGGCGAUUCGAAAGGGCAAGGUCGUCUGCGUGCACUGCGCCGUUGA